AUGUCGUUCGCCGCGAGCGCGCGAUCAUUCUGGAACCACCCCGCGGGCCCUAAAACCAUCUUCUUCUGGGCGCCGACGAUGAAAUGGGGGAUCACCGCGGCGAACGUGAAGGAUUUCUCGCGCCCGCCCGAAUUGCUCAGCGUCCCGCAGCAGAGCGCGGUGACGCUCACGGGAUUGAUCUGGUGCAAGUACGCGCUGGACAUCACGCCCGUGAACUACAACUUGAUGGCGGUGAACAUGGUGAUGGCGGCGACGGGGUCGUAUCAACUGUUUCGAAGGUUUUCGUACGACCAAGCGCAGGCGGCGAAGGCAAAGGCGACGUAG